UGAAAAGGAAACAUUUCAGGCUCCAGUCUCUCGCUACUUGCUCUCUCUCUCACGCCGACACGCAGAAAAUGUGUUCGUCGACAGAAGGAACGAAGUGCACAAAAGAAGCAUCGAGGCCUUCCCACCCUCUGCAGCAGAUUGCUGAGAGCCCUACCCACAGGCUCCUCCUCAAGCAGUGGAUCAAGGAGGAGGAGCUCAUCUCCCAGAGGGUCUCUUCCAAGGAGUGGCAGAUUGAUGCCGCCCGCAAGGAGAUCACGCAGCUCUACUGCUUCUUUUUCAUCUUCCAUUCCUCAUUCCUGAUCCUGCUGUACACCUCCGUGGACAAAAUAGCACUGCCUUCUUCUUCCAGUUCUUGCCACAGGUCUUGGAUCCCCACUCUUCUUUCUCUCGUCUGCUCCCUGGCGAUGAUAUGGGCAAUUAGGUACAAGAUGGAUUUGGAGAGCCACACGGAGAGGCUGCUGAAUAGGGAGAAGGAGGACGGGAAACUCUUGUUGCAGUGUGUGCAGGAGUUGAAGAAGAAAGGUGUGGAGUUUGAUCUCUUGAAGGAGGUAGACGCGUUGAGGAGGGCCAAGAGUUUGAGGGUGGAGACCAAACCGGUCAAGAGAUGGUCCUCGAGGGAUUUUGUGACCCUCUUCUUCGUUGUGGUUGCUUGCUCUGUGUUGGGCAUCGUCAGAGUUAUCUUGUGCAGUUAGAUGUGGUGGGUAUUGUGGAUUUGGGGGAUAGAGGCGUUUUCCGGCGUUCCAAGGAGAAGAAUGAUUCUCGAUCACAUUCUUUUCCUUUUCAAUCUUUCUCAGUGACGGUGGUGAUAUGGGGAGAUUCUUUAUUCUGUACCCUCUUUCUUUCUUUGCUCUUUGUGUGCCCGGAGGGGCAGAGCAGAACGUUUUGUUCUGCUUUUUCGGUUCUUUUGCCCACUGUGUAUGAAUUGAAUCUCUAUCACGGGACAAAAUAUGGGUGUUGUUGAUCUCUUAUGGUAAGAUGAAAUGAAGAGAUUCAACAGGAUCAACCCACACGAUUAGUGUUCAUCUGCUGACAUUCUUGUCGGUGAAAAAUGUUUGUGAAAAUGUCGCUUCCUGUACCUAAAAAAACCGGAAAUGAAACUGUUCAUCAUUGUUAAUGCA